AUGGGGAAGAAAUGGAUUUCUGCAGUCAAAAAAAUCUUCAGUUCUGAAUCUACGGAGAACCAUACCUUCGAGAAACCAGAUAAGAAAUUGCGCAAAUCAAAGCAUUCAAAGAACUUUGUAGAUCCUCUUGAAGAUUCAAAGAAUGGGCAAAGCCAACGCGCUUAUUCAGUGGCAAUGGCCACCGCCGCGGCGGCCGAGGCGGCCAUGGCGGCAGCUCGGGCGGCGGCGGAGAUGGCCAGAUUAACCACAUCAUUAAGAGCCUUCCAUGAAAGACCAAGAAAGGAGGUUGCAGCAAUCAAGAUUCAGGCUGCCUUUAGAGGCUAUUUGGUGAGAAGAGGAACAGGAGCUUUGAGAGGAUUGGUGAGGUUGAAGCUAAUGGCCAACCGAAGGGCAGUCAAGCGCCAGACUAUAAACACAUUGCACAACAUGCAAACCCUAGCAAGG